GCGUUCAUCUUGUUUCCUUUUCCUUCUGUUUGAAUGCGGCGCGUCACGAUAGCGGCGCUUCGAGGCGUCUCCCUUUCGUACAAGAUAGCACCGCGGCAGUAGUGAGCGCAUGCUCGAGUUCUUCCAUGGUCGAGCAAAAACACAGCUGGUCUACGAUCCUCGAAGUGAGUUGACGGUCAAACAGCUAUCAAUGUGACUUCCGCGAAUUUUUAUGCGAUCUGUCGGAGCUGAGCGCCGAGGCUCGCGCGAGCGUGUGUGAGGCAACGUAGGAAAAUCCGUCGAUCACGGCUAUUGCCAUAGUGAGCAGUGCUAGUGCGUUUGUCUGAUGUAGCCUGGAGAACAGCGCAGUGUCACCAGGAAGAUUUUUCACUUGGCUUGAUCCUGGAUACAAAAGAACAUCUUGCUACUGUUCCGCGGCGUUCUCUCCAACAAUGUCACCGGUAAGCUUUUAAUAUUCAAAUCAACGUGGGGGACGAAAAAAGAAGAAGAAAGAUAAGAUAAAUGACAGAAAAAUGGCAUCCACGAGCGGGCACAAGAGAAACGGCUCCAACUCGAGUAUGUUUGCACACAAGCGCACCGAAUCCGGGGGUGGUUUCAUCGGCUACAAGCGAGCCGAGGGCGGUCACAAACGUGCCGAGAGUAUAUCCAGUGCCUUUGGCCACAAGCGGCCCGAAAGUGGCCACAAGAGGAAUGAGAGCUGCGGCGGCUUCGGUCACAGGAGGUCCGAGUCCGGCAGUAAUUAUUACGCCGGGCAUCGGAGGAACGAGAGCAUGUACGCGAUGACGGGUCUGUACGCGGAAACCACCGGCGCCAGCACCGACGACAAUGCGGACCCGUUGCAGCCGAGCGGCGGCAGACUGACCCACGACACCGUCAUAAGGUGUCACAGUAGAAACCCUAGUUCCGGUCUUGUGGAUCAUAGAGACUUUAUCAUCAAAUGUCACAGUAGGAAUCCCAGUGCUUCUAUGGUAGACAGGGCGGAGAAGGAGAGGGCACAAACUCCGCCGCUCAAUCCGGAUUCCAAGGACUGUGGGAUUCUGAGUUGUAGACCGGCCUUCAUUCAAAGAUUUGCCGGAAUAAAGGUGUUCGUAUUCCUCCUGUCGUUCCUCGUUACGUUGCAGCAAGCGCUUAGCUCAGGUUACAUUAAUUCUGUGAUAACGACCAUAGAGAAGAGGUUUGAGAUCCCGUCCAGCCUUUCGGGCCUCAUUGCCAGUUCGUACGAAAUCGGCAAUGUUAUCACUGUCAUUUUUGUCAGUUAUCUCGGCAGUCGCAGACACAUACCCGUGUGGAUAGCGAUUGGUGCAGUGAUAAUGGGACUGGGAUCGAUGAUCUUUAUGGUGCCACAUUUCACAGCAGAACCCAACUUGACGACAACCGCGAAUCAUUCCAAUUCGGAUAACAUCUGUCGCGGCGUAUCGUUACGCGAGAACGAUAUGGGUUUAGGUCGACUUUCGACAGGCUUAUCGUCGCCCCCCUUAGCGCCACACAAUAAUUUAAGAGGUGACAAUUGUAUACAAGGAUCUCCGUCUACAGCCGGACCGGUCAUGUUAUUCGUACUUGCUCAGUUAUUAUUAGGAUGCGGAGGCUCUCCUUUGUUCACUCUUGGUACUACUUACAUAGACGAUCAUGUAAGACCAGAAAGUGCAUCUUUAUACAUUGGUUGUAUGUACAGUAUGGCGGCCUUUGGACCAGUUUUAGGUUUUCUUCUCGGAGCGUAUCUUUUGUCCUUUCACAUGGACUCAUUUUCUGGAACGAUUAUAAGCAUCGAUCCUGGAGAUCACAGAUGGGUCGGUAUGUGGUGGGGUGGAUUUCUCCUUUGCGGGCUGCUCCUCAUUUUAGUGGCAAUACCAUUCUUCAGUUUUCCUAAAACAUUACAACGUGAAAAGGAGAAGAUACGAAUUAUUGAAAAGAAUAAGCCAUUGACACAAAAAGAAAAGGAGCAAUCCAAGGAACCUAAAAAGGAAACACUAGACGAUAGCGGCUAUGGCAAAGAUGUUAAAGACAUUCCGCGCAGUAUGUGGAGACUGGUAUGCAAUCCAGUCUACGUCGUAACAUGCCUGGGAGCAUGCAUGGAGUUAGUGAUUGUAUCCGGAUUUGUGGUAUUCUUACCAAAGUAUCUCGAAACGCAGUUUAGCCUGGGAAAAAGUCAAGCCAGCAUCUUCACUGGCUCAGUCGCUAUACCAGGCGCCUGUAUCGGAAUCUUCUUUGGCGGAUGUAUGCUCAAGCGUUUAGAGCUGAGGCCGAAGGGCGCGGUACAAUUUGUCCUCGUCUCGAACAUAAUUUGCCUGGUGUGCUACGGUCUGCUGUUUUUCCUCGGCUGCGAGAACGUGAAAAUGGCUGGGACCACUAUACCUUACUUCAACAGUACUACAAAGGGCCCUGAACCCUUUCAAGUAAAUCUCACUGCCGCAUGCAACUUUGGUUGUGAAUGCCGAAUGACAGACGUGGAGCCGGUUUGCGGAAAUAAUGGUCUGACAUAUUUUAGCCCAUGUCACGCAGGCUGCACUGCCUUUAGUUCCAAAUCGAAUUUUACAAAUUGUGCAUGUAUACAUGGCAAUUUGACUGUGCUGCCACCGGCAACGCCAGAAUUUGCAGAAGUGACUGUUGUACCGGUAGCAACCGCAGGUCCUUGUAUUUCACCGUGCAGAACUAUAUUUCCAUUUUUGAUUCUUUUAUUCUUUAUGACCUUUAUCGUUGCCGUAACUCAAAUGCCUUUGCUUAUGAUAGUGCUACGGUCCGUCUCUGAAGAAGAAAGAUCUUUCGCUUUGGGUAUGCAGUUUGUAAUCUUCCGAUUAUUCGGUUACAUACCCGCACCAAUACUAUUUGGAAAUUUAAUCGAUUCUACGUGUCUGCUUUGGAAAAGCACUUGUGGAGAAAAGGGAGGUCGAUGUUUGCUCUACGACAUUGAACAAUUUAGAUACAGAUACGUCGGCCUAUGCGCUGGGAUAAAAAUUUUAGCUUUAGCAUUAUUUCUGAUCGAUUGGUGGCUCGUGAGAAGGAGAAGACAAAUGGAAGAACAGCCACCAUCUUUCACUGUCAACGAAUUUGUAGGGUCAAUUAUCAGUUUAGAUAAACUGUUUGAGGAGAAACCACAUCAGCAUUUAGGGGAUGGCGAUGCGACUCUACCGAGUUCCGAGAUUGCAACGCCAUCUUCUAUCUCGUCGCCUACAGAACCUACGAAGUCAACGAAUCUCGAAGAAACAGGGUCGUCGAAUCAAACGCAAGAUUCAACGGAGAUGACAAAUCGCUCAAAAAAUAUGGAAGUUGAAGUUCCCGAUACGAGGCAAGCACCACUUGCUAUAGAAGAGCCAGAUGUUGAGAUCAAACCUUUAACUAGUAUGACGGAGAAUCGUAACCACAAUGUUUAAUGUUUACUUUACAUUAGAUGCUAUAGAAAUAAAUAUAUCAAAUUGAUGAUAUAUAAAUUUGUGACAAAUUACGUUAAUGAAUUUAUCUAAGUAAUAUAGACUCACACAUAUCCACAUGUAAUAUUAUUUAUCUAUUUUCUAUGUUAGAAAAACAAGAAAGUGCAAUACAAUAUAUAUAGAAAGAAAAGAAAGUUUGUAUGGUAUUAAAAAUACCAGAGAAUGUUAAUAUAAAAUGGAUUCAAUUUUACUUUUUUUUUUAUAUGUACAUUACAUU